GGCAGAUGGGUGCUUUCACCAAACCUGGUUCUGCUGGAGGUUAAAGGUUUUCCUCUGCACUGUUGCCAAUACACUUUCUCGUAGGAAACUUUGGAUUCAUUGUGUGUUCCAUGUAUAAUUGUGAAGGGUCUUAACUUAGUCUGGUGUUCUGGCAGAGUGUGUAAUAUAGUAAAUCUCAACACUUCAGUUAGUCAGGUUCAUUUUAUUUGUAUAUAAUAAUGGAGGGCAUAAGCCUUGAAUUAGUUGCGUAAAUUUGUAUAACAUUGUAGUAUCUUUACGUUAAUAAAUAAAUUGUUAAACAGUUUUAAAUGUGCUAUAUGGAUGAUGGGGCCUUAACUUGAUUUGGCCAAACUGACAUGUCAAGCACAGGUACCGCAAAACAAAGCUGAAGCUAGCUGUGCUUUCAUGUAUGUUUACACUUGUCAUUAUGUCAUUUAUUACAAAUUGUGAGAUUGGUUCACACACAACUAAUCAUAUGUGGUCACAUAAUGUGCAUUUAUCAUCAGGAAAAGCCACAUAUGUCCAUAGUCUGCAGCACAUGUACACGUGAGCUGGAGUUUCACACUUGAUAAAUUAUUAUUAUUAUUUACAACUGUAUUAAUAUUCAUAAGCAGUAUUUUAUAUGGGAAAACAGUCUAAAUUUACCACCCCUUGACAUUCUUCUAAAAUCCCCUCGGAACCUGUUUCUAGGGUCGGAACCAAAGUAUCGGCGCUCUUGUUUCUCAUUUCGCGUUUCUCUCGCACACACGCAGCCCGUCCUCAGUUGCUAAGUAACCUCUGCGGGGGGGCGGCUGCUGCUGCGUCUCUGGAUGCUGACAGAGCAGCUACAGUACACCGAACCGAACCGUGCCGUGCCAGAACCAAAGCAGCUUUGACGGACAGGAUGGACGAAGGCACCGAGUUGUCUCUGACCAUCGCUCACAUCGUCCAGCGGCUCAAAGGAAGUCAUUUACACUCUCAGAUAGAGAGACAAGCCAAAGAGUGUUUACAUCAACCUGAGAUAAAAUUGGAGUCUCUGAGAGAGGACGUACGCAGCUUCCUCAAAACGUCAGGCUGGGAAAGAAAGCUACAGAAUGCAGUGUACAGAGAACUGCAUAUCCAGCUGCCCCCGAGCCAUCCCACAGCUCCUCCAGAGCAUCUCAAAGAGCCACUGGCCUACAUGCGCAAGGCACAGGCCAGCUGGGAAAAGCGUGUCCUCAAAAGCCUGAACAGCAUGAGCACAGAGCUUGGAGUGCCUUUGGCUCGCAUGAGGCCUGCAGUGGAGCAGAAGGAGCUCACCAACAAAUGGAACGAGAUGGGCACAGAUGAACCAGAUUUAAGCCGCUUUAGGCCUGUCUAUGCGCCUAAAGACUUUCUGGAGGUUUUAAUUAGUUUGCGGAACCCCAACCAUGACAGCAGCGAGGACGUCAGCACCAGGAGCCACUGGGGUCUCAUCCAGGUCCCUCUCAACGUCAGAGACAUCCCACAGCUGAGACGGGCCUACUCCGAGCUGAAUCUGACCACUGGGCAGCUGGGGAUUGACGACCAUGCACACAUCCAUCCAGACUUGUUUGAAAGCGAGUACGUUCAAAUCGGGAAAAAGGUGGUUGCGGAGCAGGACAGUGCAGCAGCGCAGCAGUACAGCAGGCAGGGCUGCUCCACCGGGCUCCGGGCAGACCUGUGGGCCCUCAUCCUCAACUCCACCAACCAGCCGCAGGAUGUGAUGCACUACGAACAGCUAAAGGCUGGAGUCAUACAGCAUGACCUGCUGGUAGACAACCUUAUCUAUAAGGAUGUGAAGCUCACCGCCAGUAAUGAUGACUACUACUUUGUGUUUGAAGACUUCCUCUAUCAGGUGUUGUUGUGUUUCUCCCGAGACACCGCCGUCUUGGAGCACUUCAAAUACAACAGUGCCACUCCUCCCAAAUCCUACAUCCAGGGGAAAGUAGGAGAUGAGGAGAGUGCUGUUGUUUAUCCCCCCAAUGGUGUCAUCCCUUUUCAUGGAUUUUCAAUGUAUGUGGCACCGUUGUGUUUCUUGUACAAUGAGCCGUCCAAACUGUACAGCGUAUUCAGGGAAAUGUACAUUCGCUACUUCUUCCGACUGCACUCCAUCUCCUCCUCUCCCUCGGGUAUAGUGGCUUUGUGCCUGCAGUUUGAGCGGCUGCUCCAGACUCACCUGCCGCAGCUGUUUUACCACCUUCGACAGAUCGGUGCACAGCCUUUGCGUAUAGCCUUUAAGUGGAUGGUACGGGCCUUUUCUGGCUACCUUUCUACUGAUCAGCUGCUGCUUCUUUGGGAUCGAAUCCUUGGGUAUGAUUCACUGGAGGUUGUUGCAGUUCUAGCAGCUGCUGUAUUUGCCUUCCGCGCUGAGAACCUGAUGGAAGUGACGUCGCUGGCUUCAGCAGAGGCUGUCCUCGCCGACCUUUCAACUCUGAAGGUCAUGCCACUCAUCCAGAUCUUUCUGUUUGCCACUGCCAUCUGAAGAAUGCUGAGACGGCGGAAUCGGUCGUGGCACAUACAUACAACCAGAAAGAUUGUGUUACACUAGAAGAAUGCCACUUUGCUAUGCCAUAACCACACUAACUUGACUAAUCACUCAAUAAAAAACGGGAGACUCAUAUGUGGGAUAUCAAGAAAUAACAGAGGACAUUACACAAUUCAUCUUGCACUGGUUCAAGCAAAAAGCCAAACCCAUCUUUAGCAUGUAUGCACCAUAAAUAGUGAAUAUCCUGUAUCAUGUUAUUAGAUAUUAUACAGUAAGUAAGUAUAGCCUAUAGACCAGUAAGGCUAAGCUAGCCUCCUCAAGCCAUAUGCUCUGCAGGGAAGCUGAUACUCACAGCAGUGCUUGGAUCAGCUGAGAAGCUCAUUAGGAGACGAAGCAGUAAUUGUAUUGCGAUAGCAGUAUGCGAGAGAGAACAACAGUAAUGUCUUCAAGCUUGGCUAAUGAAGUGUUAAUUAGCUCUUGCAAUUUAUUCUGCUCUGUGGCCCCUACUUGUUAUAACGCUAUUAGAUAAUGCUGUUGCUGAUGACUGUGAAGAUUGGAAGUGCUACUCUACGCCAGCAUGUUGAAAGAAAUCGUGGAAAAGCCACAAAGUGAAUUUCACUGUUACUCAUAUAAUCAGAAGCUGCUGUGUACUUACACAGUUUAUUGUAUUUAUGGAGGAAUAGCAUAUUACUGCACUCUUAAGGGACAUUUAGCACCUUCAGUGCCAAUAUUUAUUUUCUAUCAUUGCGAAGAUUGGUUGGCUUUUAAUUUUAAAAUAUGUAUUUAAUUCCUGAAUGUUUCACCUGUUCUGUAAUGUUUUAAAAUACCUCAUAUGUCGCUUGUGAUUUCAACUGAAGUCAGAUCCAUUUCUUUAUUAUUUUAUAGUCAACAGUAUUCUUUACCAAUCAAUGUCAAUGUGUCAUGUUUUGCUGCAGCCUAAAAUAGCACAUUUUAAAUAAAAUGAAGUUUUGUUGAA